UUAAGGUAAUUUUCGAGUUUUACAUGAAUCUCAUCCUAUUUGACUUUGUUUCUUUUCAAUCACUUUUUGGAAAAGUUUGUGAAUCUUUAUAUUGAGAGAUUUGGUAAUUAGUGUGACAGCACUCUACAGAUCGAAUUAAUUUAGUAUAAAGUGAUAUGACAUCCAUAUGUUGCCAUUCUAUAAUAAUUACAAAUAUGCUAUUGUCUAAAACUAUCUUUCAGAGUAUGGCAUGGGAAGUGAAUUCUCAACAUUCGGCGAUAUGUAUAGCUAUGGAAUACUCUUACUGGAGAUUUUUACGGGUAAAAGUCCCACCAAUGAUAGCUUCAUUGAUGGUCUAAAUCUUCAUGAGUAUGCUAAAAUGUCCCUACCUGAUAGAGUCAUGGAGAUUGCUGAUCCAACAAUGCUAUACAGAAAGGAGGACAGUUCAAGUAAGAGUUCUCAAAUAAGCCAUGAUAAAGUUGUUGAAAUACUCCUUUCAGUGUUUGGGAUUGGUAUUGCUUGUUCAGUGGAUUCACCAAGAGAAAGGAUGGAUGCUUGCACAGUAAUGAAUAAACUGGGCGCAAUCAAAGCCAACCUUCUAAGACUAAGAGCAAGCUAAGGCAACAAUGAGA